AUGACGCAAGACCUUCGCCGGCCUUCCGCAAAUUCCGUCGACUAUGGUUCGCCCAUCGCUUCACCUGCUCAGGCAUCGCCAAAUACCGCCAUGUUCUCAGAUCCCUUCGCAGCGGACCGCAAUCAGCGGAGCCAACUGCGGCAGCAGACCUCAGAGGCCAAGCAGGCAGCGACCAUGAUCCCUGCGCCGAGCGGAGACAAGCUGCGGAACGCAGUUGGCGCAUUCAUGGCGGCCGGAAGGCAAAAGGAGGUCCAGAGACCGCCCCGGCACGCUCGACCCCCCAUGCAGGAAACGUGGGACCUGGAGACGCCAGACGGGAGCGAGUUUGGCGACAUUGAUGUGGUCCUACGCAAAAUCAAAAAGGAUUGGCCAUUCAUCCUGGAAUCAGACUUUUCCCCCUCUACCCUCGCCCUGUCGCUGCUCUCCCAAUCUUCGAAUCAUCCUCCCAUAUCCUCCUUCCUCCGCCUCAACGAAGCUCUCUCCUCCGCUCUCCAAGCCGCCGUACAGGCCCAUUUCCAAACCUUUGCGGCGUCGCUACCCGGGCACGCAACCUUCCUCACUACCCUCGGUCGGGCACAGGAGCAAGUGCGGAGGUCAAAAGCAGAGUUGACGGAGGCGAGGGACGGCUUUGCUGGCAAGGGCAAGGGGGAACUGGCGGGGGUGAGAGCACGCGAGCGGAUGCAAGUCCCGGAUCGCCUCGAAUCCCUCAUCGGGGACAAGCGAUUCCUCGAAGCCGCUGCGCUCCUCGUGCGCAGUCUCAAGACCAUCAACCGCUCGGAUGUCCAAGAGCUCGGCGCUCUCUCAGAACUGCGGAGCUACUUUCGAUCUCAAGAAACAACUCUUACCGAUAUCCUCGUCGACGAACUGCACAAUCACAUCUACCUCAAAACCUUUUAUAGCGACUCUCGCUGGCAGCCCUACACACCCGGACAGCAGGAUCUUGCCGAAUUCAAGGACGACGUCCCAUCCCGCCUAUCCGACUCGCAUGACUCGGCUUGGUCGCGCUAUAUCGCAGGCCUCCAGCCUAACCAGGCUCCGGCGCGCCAGGGGCUGACCGGCUCCGCGUCGCUCGCUUCAAUCGCGAAUGAGGAGCCGCACAGUCCCGAAGUUGAAUCUUUCAGCUAUAUCGAGACGGUCUUGGAGGCGUUAGCGGUGAUGGGGCGAUUAGGCGUCGCGAUGGACCGCAUGGUACAGAGGGCAAGCGGAGAGAUCCACACCCUGGUCGACACAACGCUAGACGAGGUGGAUAGCCGAGUCGAGCUGCGGCGGGAGGAAGCAGUCAAUGCCAACACCAAACCUUCCAAUCUCGUCGGCACGACCAUACUCGCCUUGUCGUUAGACGUCGUCGGCCCACCGCAUCACGCCGCCAUCCUCAGAGAUCUUUUCUGGACCCUCUACUCCAAGUUGGUGGCGGUUUUGGAAGGCCACCGUGUCACCUAUGAGAUCGCUCGAGGGAUCUCAGCCCGCCGAGAGUUCCGCGACGUAACGCUCAAAGGGUCCGCCACGCUUCGCAUACCCGUGGUGGAGAUCUACAAGCCAAUGCAGGCCGAGGUACGGACCAUGCUACGUAAUUACCUCGCGGACGAUGGGUCUGUAACAGAGACUCUCCAGUACAUGUCGCUGAACGAAAUCAUCCGAGAUGGUAAAUUGGCCAGGGACAAGCAAAGGCAACUGUUCAAAUUCUCCAACACCGACACCAGGACGCACGGGCAGGACUUUGACUCUCUGCAGCAAGUCCUGAAAACCUCGGUCCCGGGACUGGUCGCUCUGCACGAAGCUACCCCAGAGUCUAGCGAAGAAUCCGCGAAGCAUCGCAACCUCAUCCCGCCCAACGCAUUCAACGUCUCCACCCUCUUCCAGCCUACCCUGGCGUUUAUCGAACGCGCCGAACACAUCAUCCCCCCCGGUUUCCAAGACGAAAUCGGCUCGUUCAGCACUGUACUCGAAGACUUUGUCGUCAAGGUCUUUUUACCACAACUCGACGAGCGGGUCACUGCGUCUUUCCAGCAGGCAGUCUCCGGAUACGACGCCUACCAGAUCGAUCGGCGCCUCCCAGUACCAUUGCCACCGCUUAAAUCCAGCUCCCGAGUCAUGUCGCUCAUACAUCACCUCUGCGUCAUGCUGCAGACCACCCCCUUCCACCGGGAGAACUACAGUCGACUGAUCGUAGGGGUCAUCGUCCAGUACUAUCAGCAGUGCAGCGGGCGCUUCAAGGGUAAGCUCCGAUCUGACGUCGCUAAUGUAGAACUCGCAUCAUUACGAGAUGCCUCCUUGUCCUCGCCAGCGACCUGGGCUCAGCGCGAAGAUGUCAUACAACUCCUGUCGGAAGUGCAGGCGGUCAUUCCCUCCGACAAGCACGAACUUGGCCUACUCUGCCUACGAGAGAUCAAGCUCGGUCUGGAUAUGGACAAGCCACUACACGAAACAGAGCUCAUCAGCUCGCCUCGCAAGGUGGAAGCGUUGGGGCAUCUCGCCGAAAGCUUGCGCUGGUUCAUCGACUCGCUUCUCGACAUCGAAGCAGAAGACGGUCAAACUACUGCCAUGGAUGACGGACCCAAGUUGCCGCUUACUCGAGCCAUGAUGCAACGUUUCGAUGCCAUCAUCCAGACCUAUGAGCAACUCGCAGAGAUGGUGCUCAAUACGAUCCGCCUCGAAGUCCGCGGUCGAGUCAUCUGCAACUUGGGCGCAGCUAUGCGAAGCGGCGAUUAUGAUCUCGCCAGCGAAGCGCUCGAACUCGAUCCAGAUGUCGUUGACUUGAACUCCAGCCUAAUUGAGCUCGAGGAGAUUACCGGUCGUACCCUCUCCAAAGAAGAUAGGAGCUUCAUCUUCCGCGGCCUUAGCUACCUCGUCGAUCACCUCUUCAUCCACUGGGCUCGCUUGAUCAAAAUUGUCAGUGCGGCCGGCGUGGAAAAGAUCAAGCGCAACAUAUUCUCGGUGCAGCAAUGCCUGACUGGCAUUGACGGAGGGGACGAAGUUCUCGCUCGAUCUUUGACGUACUGGGAUCUGUGGCAGCGCGGACCCAAGGCAAAGGGAACACCAAUGUUCUCGUUCGACGACUACAAGGUCAUGCUUGAACUGCAGUGCAAGGAAUCAUCUUCGGAACUCAACUCGUAUCUCAUCGAUCUUCAUGCUCUGGCAAUGUCUAUCGAAGGAUGGGAAGUCUAG